AAGAGGAGCGGAACUACGAAGGCCUUUCAAAUCGAUGAUUUACCAAUUCUGUUGAAUAGACACGCAGGAGGCCCUUCAGUCAUCAAGUUGGAUCGUAUUGAAUAUCCAGAGUUAAUUCUGCUGAUUAAUUUGAUGAAAAGAAAUCGACUGCAGGAAAUAAGUGUACGAGAAUGCUGUGAAACUGCGGAUGAUCUGGCAAGACUACUUCAGGCUAUUUCAAGCAACCCGUACGUUGACACAACGCCGUUGUCAUUGGAUAUCAGGGAAAAUCAAUGUGAUGGUAGAUGUGUCGAACUUCUCCGUGACAUGAUUGACCGAGGGAUUAUAGCAAGUUUGGAGCUUCCGUCGAAGCAGAAAGAAAAUCACAUUUUCACGUUAUUGCGUUCCAUUCGUUACUGCGAAAGUCAGAUGCAACUACUUAAUAUAAAUGACAAUGUUAUUGAUGAAAAAAGUUUUGAAUUACUGAUGAAUAUCUUGAUGGAAAAUAAAGUUCAGAAGAAACUUUACUUGAAAGAUUGUAGAAAACCCAAAGAGCAGUUUACUGAAGCAGACAAACAAUCGCUGCAACAAGCACAAUCUUCAAAGAAAUUAGCGAUCAAAUGGUUCAAGACUAAGCCUGCAGUGAACAGCUCACUCAUAGCAUAUCAGGAUGGAAAUAGCUUAUUUAGAAGAGUGACUGAUAGAUUGUUGUCAUAUGUACCUGAAAGUCACCGGGAAGCCGCAAAACUUGCAAUUUCAAACCAAUUCCGUCCAAAAGACGAUAUUUCGUCAAGUGAAGAUCAGUAUUGUUCGGAGGACGAAGAAAUGAUCGAUAAUUGUCCCACUGACAGUGAAGACAUGGAUACUUCAUCCGCCGUUGAUGCUUUAACAACGCCGAGAUUUGAAGGUGGCUUAAUAUUAUUGUUACCAAUACCAAUAAUAUAA